GAGUUGGGUCUCGGUAGGAGUCGCGUGAGGACCGUGGAGGACAGAGUCGGGUUGGCGCGCGGCAGUCCGUCAGUCGAAAACACUGUAGCCUUUACCGAGGAGAUAAAAACGAGGAUAGCGACUUUAAACUAUUACGGUAUAUAGUAUAAGGCAAGUGAGGAAGACGUCUGGUAUAGGAGGUGAGGCUGCGGGGUGUGGUGGUGGUGGAGGUGGUGGUGGUGGUUGGUGGUGCAAGGCUGGCUGGCUGGCUGGCACACGACACCUCCCCCCCGCUGACGCCACACGCCGCCUUGGCCUCGGCUCUGCCCGCCCCGCCACGCACAUCAACAGUCGGAAGCGAAGAGGCAGCGCCCGGGGCCCAGGCAGCACACCAAGGCGCGGGCCAAGCAUGUCCACUCAGCUGCUGCUCCACCUGGCCGCCGCGCUCCUCCUCAGCACAGGUGUGCGUGGCUACAGCGACAAGACGGUGGAGAUCGUGGAGCUGGUGGUACCGGAGUCGCCGCGGGAUGGGGAGGACGUGACACUGACCUGCUCCUUCCACCUCGUCGGCAAGAACCACCGCCUCUACACCGUCAGCUGGUGGCGCGGCAAGGACCAGUUCUACACCUAUAAGGGCACCACCUCACACGACCCCAAGCACGCCUACACCUUCAGCGGCAUACAGGUCAAGGUGGACGAGUCAACCGAGAAGUCCGUGGUGCUCAAGAACGUCUCUGAGGAAACGUCCGGCAUCUUCAAGUGCGAGGUGAUGGGCGAGGGACCUUCCUUCCGCACGGCCGUGGAGACCAAGGCGAUGAACGUCGUGGUGACCCCCAAGCUGGUGGAAAUCCACACGCGGCCCUUCCUCGAGCCGCCAGUGUUCCACAUCGGGGAGCGAGUCAACCUCAACUGCACGGCGACCAACUCCAAGCCCCGAGCGCGCUUCGACUGGGAGAUCAACGGGCAGCUGGUCAACGAACAUGUGCAUCGGUUCAAAGACUUCGAGGACCAGCGUGGCCGCGUCACCUCCACCACCAGGCUCAGUUGGGACCCCCCGGCACACUUCAUCAAGGGCGUGGCCCACGUGGCGUGCCACGCCAUCGUCGGCGGCCACACCACCACCGCCACCAAGGAGAUCUAUCUGGAUCCCGCCUCCAGCGCCGCCUUCAACCACCAGUAUGCCUCCGCAGGAUGCCAACUACCGACCACCUGGGCCAUCCUGAGCCUGGCCUCCUUCCUACUGGUGCGCCCCUUCCCUAUAGGACGCCAGCGGCCCUAGUCUCGGGCGGCGGAGGGAAGAAGCUCAGGCAGCGUUGUGACGGCCGGGAGGAGCAGCCACACCAGACGAGCCCUAGCGCAACCUUCAGCUUCCCGCGCCGAGGCCGUUGCAUGACGCAUCUGACCCAGCUUAGGAGGAAGGGAGGAAGCAAGGGGUGAGGCAAGCCGUGGGGCGAGGCCUGCCUAGUGCUUGCUACGAGCUGUCGCCUUUUGGGCCAGCCGCCAUUCAUGACAUUUUCAUCUGUAGAGACAUUCAUCUUAGGACGAUAUCUCCUUUUCUUAGAAUGGGAUAGUUUUUGUAUUAUUUGGCACUAAGAGACCAAUGGAAGAGCCUCAGCCAUAGCUAAGAGGAGUGUCAAUGACGCUCCGAUGAAAGUCAGGAGCCAAUCUUGUGGGGCGUGACGUGCCCCGCGGCCACCUCCCCCGCACGCCUGUCCCCUGGCCUCGGUGUGCUGCUUGACGGUGAUAGACGCUCUCAUAUACGUGUGUGUGUGUGUGUGUGUGUGUGUGUGUGCAUGCACGCGCGCCUCCACGGGCCCACAACAGUGUGUGCAUGUCCUGGCAGGUGAGUGUGUCGAGGCGGGGCGAGAGGCGCAUCGUUCUGUAAUAGACUGCCGCCGCUGAUCGUCUCGUCGGUGGAGCUCAGUGAGAGAGCAUGCCGGACGCCAAGAUGUGAGGCUUGCAAUACUUGAAAAGAACACCGGGACGCUUGGAGGGUCCGCUGGCUUCAGAGAAAUGGGAAUCCUUAAACAGUAAACGCCGUGACGCGAGAGCCACCUGGAGCAGCAGGAAAGCCACGCCGCCUCUUUAUUGUGCCCGCGCCGCUGCCUCCCCGUUACGAUGAGGCCAGACCGACGCCAGGUGAGACUGACACGUGACUAUAAGUCUUCAUCUGGCCACUCAAUAGCAGACAUGCUUCCCGGGAGUCGUUGCUCCAGAUCUGGGAUGCAUGAUCAAUGAAGGUUAGAGAAAAAGUCCCGAGCGUGUGCUGCCGGCGGGGAGUGGCGGCGGCGGUCCCUCGCGGCGAGGCCUGGGAACUGACGGGCCAGAUAACGCGUCCAAAGAUUUUUCUUUUCAAUAGAAGAGUAUUUUUUCUCCCUCCGAUUCUGCGCAACUCUGACAUCAGAAGCUGCCGGUGGUGACGUCAAUAUGCUAUCAAUUGAUUCUCUUUCAUGAACCAAUUUAUAGUUUCAAUGUUAAAGUGAAUAUUGAGUGGGUCAAUCGAUGACGUAAUAUUCGUAAAAGUAAACUGUACCACAGAAAAAAAAAUUAAAUACUGAUUACUUUUUCAUUACGAGAGAUUCUGCUCAAUGCUAUGGGUGUGCUGGGAGCGUCUGGCUUGGGAAAACACACGAGGAGGAAGUUGGUGCUACGGAAAGUGGAAUUAGAGUAAGAAAUACAGUACUGUGGGAGCAGCACGCGUAGACUACCUUAGACACGGAGUAAAAUAGGGACUGAAAACUGUAACCUGAGUUGGGGAGACACACGAGGAGGAGGAAGUUGGUGCUACGGGAAGCGAAACUAAAGAGAUUAUUAAGCACUAUGGGAUCGGGAACGAGGAGGAAAUUUCGAAAUGGAGUAAUAGAAGGGUUGAAAACGGUUACUAUGUAGUGCUGAUCCUCCUCUGCCCGGCACCUCGGCGUGUUUAAAACAGUAAUUAUUUAAGGGUGAGAUAAGCCGUCUCUAAUAAGUCGAGGCGCUGCCUGGCGGUGAUUGGAGCCUCGCCGCCGACGCCACCCGCCAGGCCCAGGCACACACUCCCCGGCGCACGGACACAGCCUCCUCGGUACCUCCCGCAGUACACACGCUUCUCAAGACACGUAGUUUAACCCUUACUACCGCCGCUGUGCCCCCCCCCCCCCCCCAUCCGCUUCCCGAGGCACGGCUCCUGUCCCCUGCCCCCCUCUCUCCCACCCCCCCGUAGCACACUUAUGAUCAUUCCUGCACAUAACUGUACAUACGUGAAUGUAUAUCUCUCACUUUAUAUCAUUAUUCAUGUGAACGUACCGCCCCUCAAUAGGCCUCGCCCUGUCUUGUACCAUAAAGAGUGCGUCGUGUACAUGUAGCGAAGACGUAAUGCGGUUUGGUUCUUUUCUUAUGUGGGCGGAGUGUGUGUAUCAGUCAGUCCUUGCCGCAACACCUCCAUCCUCCCCCCCUUCCUGAUUCUGCCCUGCCCCUCGCACUCAUUACUCCCUCCCUCCUCCACCCGGCCCCGACAAUACCCUCCGACUUAUUCCCUACUGGACCUUUUCCCUUCUUGGACGCUUCCCCUUCUAGACUGCCACCCGCCUGCCCCUGCCCCUGCCUACCCCUGCCCCUCCCUGUCUCUGCCCCUGCCCCUCGCACUCACUACUCUCUUCCCUCCACCACCCGACCCCGACAAUACCCUCCGACUUAUUCCCUACUGGACCUUUUCGCCUCCUGAACACUUCCCCUUCUAGACACUGGUCCCCGCCUGCCCCUGCCCCUGCCCCUCCCUGUCUCUGCCCCUACCCCUCGCACUCACUACUCUCUUCCCUCAACCACCCGACCCCGGCAUUACCCUCCGACUUAUUCCCAACCGUACCUUUUCCCUUCCUGGACGCUUCCCCCUCGAGACAUCACCCGCCUAUCAAUUCAUAGUCAAUUUUCGAGCUAAGUAACCUCAACCAAAUGGUGUAAGCACAGUAACCACACUUGCCCCACUAGCCUGGUAAGCCAUCUCAACAGUGCCACCUUACCAUAACACAGCGCUGUCGAGCAUGAGGCGUCUCGUGAUAGCAAGGGCUGACUUACCAUAACAUUAUGACGCACUUAAGCCCUUGUCGAGCUAACUAUCUACGGCCGAAUGAUGUAAACAGAAUAACCUCAUUUACCCCACUAACCUGGUAAGCGAUCUCAAUAGUGCCUCCUUACCAUAGCAAAGCGCUGUCGAAUAUGAGAAGUGUAGUGAUAGCGGGGUCUGACUUACCAUUACAUUAUAACGCGCGUAAGCCCAUGUCAGUGCACGCCUCAUGUGUCCUUGGGGUAAAUAUCGACAAGGUGGAACUAUCUAAAAGGGAAUACUAGGUCCAGAGGGGAAAAUGUCGAAGGAGAAAUGUUCUGAGGGGAAUAUGGCAGACUCCUCCCCUCCCCGCCCCUCCCUACCCUUGCUGCCAUCAACACGGGCUGCACCGGGACACAACUGGCAGACAGACACUGGCCAACGCUCUUUUCUUUUAGAGAGAGAAUGAGGAGGCAAAGAGUAAUACACGUGGCUUUUCUUCUCUCACUGGGACUCGAACUGGAAGCUUAAACGUAGAACAAUCAUCCACCAAGUGAGUGAAUGGAUCAUAAAAUACUCUAAUGGUUUGAUUUUGUACUUGAAGACAACGAGGAAGUAGAAAGGUAAUUAUAUGGCUUUCCUUCAUUCAGUCAGGCUCGAACUGGAAGCUUAAACGUACAACAACCAACCAGCAAGUGAGUGAAUGUGUCAUAAACUACUCUAAUGGCUUCACUUUGUACUUGAAAACAGCGAGUAGGAGGAGAGGUAAUAACAUGGCUUUGCUGCACUAACUGGGGCUCGAACUGAAAGCUUACACGUAUAUCAAUCAGCCAGCAAGCGAGUGAUUGGGUCCUAAAGUACUUGAUGGCUUGAUUUUAUACUGUACUUGAUUUUGAGACAACGAGAAGGGUGAAGAGUACUCGGCUUGGCUUUGCUGCACUCAACAACGCCAGUCUGAAUGAUGUUUUCUUUUUAUGUUGUUGUUGUUUUGAGUAGAUAAACAUAGUACGAUUGCCAUUCGCUCUUCCAUGAAAAAAACACUACGAUCCCUUUCCUCCUUUUUCUCGUGCACCAUUUCCAACACAAAUUCACGUCACAUAGAGUUUACACUAUUUCGAAAACAUUUUUUUUGGUUUGUGUCUUGUAACAUACACGUAACAGACACGUUUCUACAAACUAAUUCCCCCCCCCCCACCUCGGCCCCCCGCCGCCCCCUCCCCCCAAAAAUGACCUGAUGGCGGAACCUGUGUUUCCAAAUAUGUCAAUAAAGAAAAAGUUAUG